GAGAGCACCAAGGGCUGGCAAUGGCUCAGUCCUCUGACGCCCAGGCCCCCGUGCACACCCCCACAUGUAAAUGAACAAUGCUAAACACGAAAAAGCAAAACUAAGGAAAAGACCAAACAUGGUUCACACCAGGAGUCUGAGGCAGGAGGAUCACACGGACCGCUCGUCGGCCUGAGGCUGUUGUUAGACAUUGGCAAGUGCCCACCUGUCUCCAGUCUGGGCUUUUUAUCUCUCUGUGUAGCUUAAACUCACAGCCAUCCUCCUGCCUCGGACGCUCCCUGCGCUGGGAGGGACCAGGCUGUGGAACAGACGCCAGGUCCAGACUGGCCGUCGUCCCGGGGGAUGUGUCCCGGUUAGCUUGGGUUUUUCUUGUUCCCAAAAUGGAACGAGGGCUUCUGGGUUCCUUUCUUAUUAUAAAAGUGACGCUAGGGACGCGGAGGAAUGGCGAGGGCCGGUCCCGUGAGCUGGCCUCGGGGCAGGUCGCCCGAUGGGGUGGUGACGCCCGGGUCAGCUCGGGAGCCAUGUGGCCCAACGGCAGCCUCCCCGGGCCGUGCUUCAGGCCGAUGAACGCCACCAUCACCGCGCAGGAGCGGCGCCUCAUCGCGUCGCCCUGGUUCGCCGCGUCCUUCUGCGUGCUGGGCCUGGGCUCCAACCUGCUGGCCCUGAGCGCGCUGGCCGGGGCGCCCGCGCCGCGCUCGUCCUUCCUCACGCUGCUGUGCGGCCUGGUCCUCACCGACUUCCUGGGGCUGCUGGUCACCGGCGCCAUCGUGGUGGCGCAGCACGCGGCGCUCUUCGCCUGGCAGGCGGCCGACCCCGGCUGCCGCCUCUGCCACUUCAUGGGGGUGGCCAUGGUCUUCUUCGGGCUGUGCCCGCUGCUGCUGGGCGCCGCCAUGGCCUCGGAGCGCUUCGUGGGCAUCACGCGGCCCUUCUGGCGGCCCGCGGCCCCCGGGCGUCGCGCCUGGGCCACCGUGGCGCUCGUGUGGCUGGCGGCGCUGGCGCUCGGGCUGCUGCCGCUGCUGGGGCUCGGCCGCUACUCGGUGCAGUGGCCGGGCUCCUGGUGCUUCCUGACGCUGGGCGCGCGGCGCGGGGACGUGGCCUUCGGCCUGCUGUUCGCGCUGCUGGGCGGCCUGUCCGUCGGGCUGUCCUUCCUGCUCAACACCGUGAGCGUGGCCACGCUCUGCCGCGUCUACCACGGCCGCGAGGCCGCGCGCCAGCGCCCGCGGGACUGCGAGGUGGAGAUGAUGGUGCAGCUGGUGGGCAUCAUGGUGGUGGCCACCGUGUGCUGGAUGCCCCUGCUGGUCUUUAUCGCACAGACCUUGCUGCAGACGCCGCCUGUCAUGAGCUCCUCUGGGCAGCUGCUGCGGACCACGGAGCACCAGCUACUCAUCUACCUGCGCGUGGCCACGUGGAACCAGAUCCUGGACCCCUGGGUCUACAUCCUGUUUCGUAGGUCCGUGCUUCGGCGCCUGCACCCACGGUUCAGUUCACGGCUCCGGGCUCUGACCUUGCACCCUCCCCCAGCCCAGGCCACGCCCAGUGGGCCCUGAAGGACAGCAUCACCCAAACUUCAGGUCCUCGGUGACUACCACAGGCCCAUGUGCUAUCCCAGGAGCCCGAGUGCCCUGUGGACUAAAGAGGGGAGCCCCUAACUUAGGGAUGUCCUCCCUGAAUCCCCAGACUCCUCCCAGAACAACCUGGGGAUGUGGGGACCAGCGAGACCCGGAGCCUGAGUGGGGGCAUCCCCCACCUUGCCACAGCCUGGGUCUGAGACACGAAGCUUCAUGUUCCUCUGGUCUGGACUCAAGGGUCAUCGACCUUGAGUGUUGGAAGCCUCCGUUGGGGUCCCCACAGCCAGGUCCGGAGCCCCCCUCCCCUGUGGCCACCCAAUGCACUUGCUCAAUAAACGGUUA